AUGUAAUUAGUCUGUGGUUCUGAGUCGAGGUCGACAUUUUUGUUCGUUGUUCACCGCUGCAUUAAUAGCAAAUCAUUAUUUGCUUUGCAUUUUUAUCUUCUUAUCCUGUCUUCUAAUAUAAGUCAUUAAAAUACAAACCAAAACGUGUAAAUGGCUCGCUUAAGGUUUUUUGUGUUAUUAGCGGUUUUAUGCAGCUGUUCCGAGUUGGGACACGGGGAGAUGACGUCCCCGAAGACGGUGCUGAUUGAUGUGCCUCCUCAGCAUCCAGGGGUGGUUUACAGCGUCCCAGACGACCCAGUGUCCUCCACUGAAGCUCCGAUCACUCACCCUACGACGGAUUCGACGGAAGAGCCGACGACAACCAGUUCCACAACCACGUCUACAACUACGUCCACGACAACUACAACCCCUCCCCCGCCUCCGCCUCCACCUACUCCAGCCCCAACUCCAGCACCCAAACCUGGUCCAGUCCCUCCCCCAGAUCAGGGCAUGUGGCAUUACACCGAUAUGAACAACAUCACCUGUGUCAUGGUCCAGUUUGCUGCUCAGCUUGAUGUCAAAUAUCCACAAGGAGCAAAUAACACACUAACAGAUGUGUUCAUCAACGUGCCAGCAAACGCGUCCGUCACCGGCGGUAGCUGCAACGCGACUGAGCAGUGGAUCGAACUCGUCUGGGGCAACGUCACUGUUGGCAAUAACAUUUUCAACAAUACCCUCAGAAUUGUGUUCGCAGCUAAUGCCACCACCAAGACCUAUACGUUCAAGGGCUUGAAUGUAUCACUCAGCCCACAGAACUUCUAUAACAGCUCCAUCAAUACCAACGUGGACGUAUGGCACGGCAAGGAGUGGCAGACGCCGCUGUCCACGUCGUACCGGUGCUCGCGGCCUACCGAGCUGAAGCUGACCGGCGAGACGAGCAACGUGGCCGCCGCCAUCACCUUCACCAAGCUGCAGGAGGAGGCGUUCAGGAACACUAACAGCACAUCGUUCAGUGCCGAUAACACGGCAUCGGAGUAUCAGUGCAAGUAGUCAAUAUAUAAAUAUUAUAUUAUAUAAAACAAACAGCAUCCUUCCAUCCAGUCUGUUCAUCCGCAUCGCGACCACAGAACUCUGCACGCCGGUACGAACGCUCAAAGCAAUUGAUUCCCAAUCAUUAAAAGGGACUUAAAUAUAUAUAUAUAUAUAUAUAUAUAUAUAUAUAUAUAUAUAUAUAUAUAUAUAUAUAUAUAUAUAUAUAUAUAUAUAUAUAUAUAUAUAUCACCCUAUAAGCGAUAUUCGCUUGAAAUACAUAUUUUAUUUUUUAAUUUUUGCUUGUUUAAAAAUAUAUAUUUCGUAAUUUGAUAUAUACAAUGGCUUCCUACACAAUACUGUGGCGAUAGUCAUUUGUAUUUUGGAAUUUAAAAAUUGUAUAGUGAAAAAACUGGUUUAUAGUACUGAAGGUUUUGUUUAACUAAAGCAUUUAAUAAGGCAGCAAUAAAAGGCGUGAGCAGAAGUCUUAAUUCUUAAAAAUGUUAUAGCACGAAUAAUGGAGAGCAGAGCUCUUGAAGCUCUGUACGUAUCGUAACGUAAAGCAUUUUUUUCUACGCCUGCAGCGACUAUUUAUAAAUACCAUAGAUAAAAUUUUCUUUAGUAACUGGUUGGGAAUCAGUUGUCGCGACUCUGUGUCCUAAAAUAUUGUAAAUGCGUAGAUAGGUCGCACGUAACAUUUGCUCAAGCUUAUUUUGAAAGCUGGCAACACUCAUGUCCAGUUGUCGUUUUGUUCACGUUUAGGUUAUGUCAAAUAUAACUUGUACAGUUUUAUGUAGAAAAAAAUUGCAUCACUGACUGUGUUUAGGUUUCCGAAAUGAAAAAAAAAAAAUAGGUGGAUACAAGUGUCACUUUAGUGUUCUAAUAAAGUCUUUGAGAUAGGUACCAGAAGUAUUAAAUUAACAUAUUUCAAUUAGAACAAGUACAUCUGUUCGCUUCUCAUGUGGUAUUAGAACAACUAUAUAUUGUUUCAGAACAUCGUUAAUAAAAAAAUAAUAAUAGCUAACAAAAAUAAAAAAAAAUGGCCAUAUUCUGCUCAGCAUUCUCAAUUUUAUUUCUGCUGGAUGGAGUUUUGAUUUUUUAUUAUUUUUUUUUUUAAAUAACAUUAUUAUCCAAAGCAAUGAUCCAGAGAUGGAAAGAGUUUUAGCAAAAAAAAAAAAAGACAUUCGUCUCGGCCAUAAUUAUAGAUAGAAUUUAUUAAGAUUUUAAAAUUCGAAAGAUUCUUUUCCAAUUUCAAACUUUUAUUUAAAAGAUGCAGUCAAGGAAUCUAUUCAUAAAUAUAAUAUGUGAUGUUAUUAGUUUUAAAUGUGAUGGGGUUAGCAUAAUAUGUCAAAUAAAUUAACUAUUAUUGCAAUAUAUAUAAAUAUAUAUUUUAAUUAAUUUUAAUUUCUUUCAUUGUAUUAAUUAUUUUUGAAUUCUAAUUCCGUGAUUGUGUCCAAAGAUGUUGUUUCAGUUAUACACAAGUAUAACGAAUCAGUUUUACAUUGGUUUCUGUCCAAAUAUUGAGAAUAUUAUAUUAUAAAUGGCGCUCGUAACUAUACAGUUGAUACGAAGCAGUGUCUUUCUUUACUGUAGUUAGUAUUCGACAUCUACUUAUGUAAGUGUAAAAGUACGGGACAUUCAUUGCUGAAGAUCAAAUUGAUGGGAUUACUGGUUACAAUGUUCUGGCAACACAUACUUUGUCGAUAUUUUUUUUCUCAACGUUUUAACGGUCCUGGAUACUAGUCUUUUAAGCAUACCAAUAUAAUACUAGUGUUGCCAAAUAAUAUUUAAAAACUGGCAAUGAAUCGCCCUGUAUUGCGGCGGUACCUUAUUAUCCAUCUUUGAAGGGUUCUCGCCGAGGUGUGCAAAAAGUUAUCGUUGUGUGACUAGACCGGGAUUUUUAUUUUAUAAUUCCAUCGAUUCGUUUAUUGAUUUCUGAAUUUUAUCUUUUUUUAUUUUAUUUUUAAACGACCCGCACUGGCCAACCAACGAUAGCUAGACUCGUGUUGGACGAAUUGUAAUUAAUUGAUGAAAAAAAUAAAUGUUUUUUAUUGCCA